CUGUUUAUAGAUGUUGUUCGGUCUUCCACGACUGCCACUGCAUAUCGUUUGAUCUAGAACGUUGUUUACAAAUGAGAACGUCUACCUCAGCUGUGUUGGGGCAUCGUCAUGUCGCUUGAUGCAACUAAUACAGAAGACAGUAACCCAGAAAAUGGUGAUUUGGGGCUUGGCGAAGGGCUACGACCCGGAGCCCUCCCUAGAAUAUUAAAAGAUUGGAAAGUGAAGAAAACACCAAAAAAGCCAGAGAAAUAUUUACCAGAUGAUUUUUACUGUGAAGAUUUGCAUCCACCGAUACAGAGUAAAUCACGUCUGAUCUUUCCUAAAAAGACGAGAACACAUAGUCAGUCUUCGAUAGAAUCUGAUAGUAUGAGUGAAAAUGGGAAUGAAGAUAACUUCCCAACAUUUGCUGAUGUUCCAUAUGGAACUUCACUUAAGCAACAAAGGCGAUUGUUUGCAAAAGAUUUGUCAAAUAUAAGGCAAAGAUGCAUGUCUUUGGAUUCCUCUUCACAGAUGUUUCUCCCCGAAGGCUUUUCAAAAACAAAACUUCAGAGAAGUCUGAGCAGAGAUGCAAUCGAAAAGAAGUUACUGGAAGCAGAACAGGAAGUUGAAGAACUGAAGAUUGAUUUGGAAAUAUACCAUAAACGACUAGAGGCAAAAUACCAAGCUAUUGCUAUUCUAAAAACACAGGUCUCAGAAAUUGAAGAGAAAGAUGAGAAGACAAAAAAGUACCGUCAUUCCCUAGAGCAGGAGGUGAACAAACUCAACUUUGAACUGGACAAACAGGGAAGUAGUUUGGAGGACAGUCAGCAGAUGUGGGCUGUGCGCUUUGACAGUGUGUGCCGGGAUAAUGUAGCAUUAACAGUGGAGUUAGAACAAAAGACAGCGGAGCUAAAAGCUUCUCGAUCACAGAAUCUAAGUCUGUGUCGGGAGCGGGAUGAGCUUGUUGCCUUGUUAGAUGUCCAGGAAAGAGAGAAAUAUUCAAAAUCAAAAAGUACAUCUUCUGACGAUCAGGAGUACAGCCAGUACACAUCUGCAGAGGUAAAGGUUGAAGGUCAUAGUAAAGGUCAAGUGUCAUCAGAGCUAGCUGUGAUGGGUGCUUGUAAAUGUCGAGGCACUGAACCGGAACCGUGUGGAUGUGCCAUGGCUGCUGCUCAUCUGCGCCGAGAGAUCAUCAAGUGUAAUGAGAAGAAUGAGAUGUACCUACGAAGACGAGACGAGGCCUACAUGACAGCCGAUGCCUACCACAUGGCCUUUGAGGAACAGUUAUCCAAGAGCAAAGCCCUCAUGCUAUACAUAUCAGAUAUUGCUACCUCAGGCUCCGGACCAUCCCGUGUCACCAAGGCCAAGGCCAUUGUCAAACGCUUCAUACAAAUGCUCAAUGAUGAGGACUACACAACAGCUAUGAAAAGGGAGCAUGUACAAGAGAAGGGUUCCGAAAGUAACGGGACUUGUCCCCAACCCCCCGGAGUACCGCCAAUUACUGACAGGGAUCUGGUCCUCGCCCUCACAGAAAUAUUACAUGAUAAGACUGAAGCCUUAGCCAACAAGAAAAUUGCCAUACAAGUUCUUGGGGAUCGAAUCCAGCAUUUAGAAGAAAAACUGGCCAUUCAGGAGGAAGUAUUUCAAAAUUAGAGGAAACUUGUUAGUGAAAAAAAAUUCCAGAGGAUAAAAAAUCAUCCGGUCCAAUAAUUCUUCAGUUUGCUUCUGUAAGCAACAGCCAGAUUAAGAAACAGUCUUGUAUGCAAGCAAUAAAAUCAUGGUCAUUGUCUUGGACAAAUAGCUGUGAAAGUUGGACACUCCUUGGACAAAUAUAGUGUUGGAUUAAAUCCUCGACUGCCUACCAAUCUACAUUGUAUUUUACUCACAGACAUCAUAAUUUGACAGUUCUAAAAUGAUUUGCCUUUCUUGUCAGCUGCUUUUGUUUUGAACAACUGUGUUAAAGAUGUUUACUGUCUGUUUAUGUUUGUUUACACGAUUUUAUUGAUGGACUGUUUAUGUAGAUAAAUCUAGAGUAAUUUGGUAUACCUCAUGUUGAGGUUGUAUAAGAAAUUUAGAGGAGCAAGUCAUUGCUAGUAUCAGAGUUAAAUUUUGUUUUUAUUAGACAGAUCAUGUUUAAAGUAUGGAUAAAGUGAUAUUUAAGGUGCAUACUUUGUCAGAAAUUCUGUUAAGGUAUGAAUGGUCUCCGAAAUUGGUACAGGUCACAUAAGCAUGACUUCUAAGCAUUGGUCCCAUUAUCUUGUAUAUUGCUGGUACAUAUUAAAGAUAUGCAUAUCUCUCCUAAAUAUGCUACGCAAAAAAAUCCUCUGUCCUAUGAAAUAAGGAUCUAGGAAUCAAUUUGCAUAAUUAUAACAUGAGUGAAAUUUUGCCAUGGUGAUCUGAGCCUCAGAUAAAGAUGUGUGGUACAGGUCAUAUUGGUCUUUUGUUACAUGUUAUUACAGACUAUAUAAUACAAUUUAUAUACUGUUACAAUAGUGCUGAAUUCCUUGUAUGGAGAUAUUUUUGUGGGAAAGGGGCACAGAUUUCGUUGUGUAUAUCAAUAAUCAUUGUUGAUUUUGAAGUUUUAUUUUAUGAUUUAAGAGAAUUUUAAGACCUGUUAUUUAAUAAU